UUAAAUUAAUUGCUUUUUGUUUUAUGUUACUUUUUUUUUAAAUUGUUACAGAUACCGCAUACUUAAAGAACUUAUUACUGUACUUUAAAAUAAUGGAGGACUCUUUUAGAGUGUUUGUUGGUGGCUUGUUUUCUACUGUUACAGAAGCAGACCUGAGAGAUAGAUUUGAAAGUUUUGGGGAAGUUAAAGCUGUGCAGUUAAUUCAGAGGAAAAGUGAAGAUGGUUACGUAUCAAAAACCUUUGGAUAUGUUACUUUAAUGACUACUAUGCAAAAACUAAAUAAAUGCUUUGCUUUGUUUGGAGGAACAAAAUGGAAUGGUCAUGAUUUAAAAGUACAAUUAGCUAAGGAAGACUUUAUAACAAGGUUAAAAAAAGAAUGGGGAGAACCUCAAAAACCAAGGAACAAGAGAAAAAUAAUACAGCCUAUAAAGUCAUAUAAUGAAAUUCUUGAGACCUCUGCUAAAAUGAAAAAAGCAUUACCAGGUACAAUAAUAGAAGGAGAAAAAAAUUGGGUGAUGGGAAAGUAUGGUCGACCGUUACCAGUUGUUUAUAUUAGAAAUCCAACUAACAAAAUUGUUAAGGUGGACCCUUCAAAACAUUGUCAUUGUCUUAAAAAAAUUAAUCUUGACACUGAUGAAAAGAGUAUAUCUGACCUGUUAUGGUCAGUUGAUAAUGAUAAAACAGAUAUAAAACAAAACAAUCAAAUAGUUAAAAAAAAAUCUCUUAAGCAAAAAGGUAAUGAUGAAAGUUUAAAUGUUUCGGCAACUCAAGAUAAUAAAGAACUUUAUUGUAAAAUAGUAACUGAAAAAAAUGAAAAUAAAAUAACUGAAAAAAAUAGUCUACACCAACUUAAGAGCGCUUUGAUUAUUUCUGAAGAAAAUGAGAAAAAAUAUAAAAGAAGUAUUUUGAAUCAUAUAAAUGAUAUUGACUGUGAUAAAAAUAAGAUUUGUCAACUUUUAACAAAUAAUGAUGAAAUUAAAAAACUUAAUACAAGCACCUCCAAUGUAUUAGAAUAUAACAAUAAUAACAUUUGCUCGCUCAAUCCAUCAAAGCAUUCCUGUGAAGAUGUGUUUCAGCAAAAUCACCUUAGUGAUAGCAUUGUAUCCCAAUUAACAAGAAAUAAUUUUAAUCAAGUUAAUCUUUCAGUCACACCUGUCACAGUCACAUCAAAUGAGCUUGUAGAGUCUGCUAAUAAUGAAAACACUUGUCAUGCAAUGAAGCUUUUUGACUUUAGCUUUGAUUCUUUGGUCGCUAAAAAUUCUUUUAACUCUUCCUCUAGUUUUAAUCCUCAUUUAAAUGAAAAUGAUGACAGCAUUAACAACGAUUCUGAUCAGUCAAAUGACAACAGCAUUAACAACGAUUCUGAUCAGUCAAAUGACAACAGCAUUAACAACAAAUGUGAUCAGUCAACUGUUUCUUGUGAUGUUACUAGAGCAGAUUCUACUUGCCUUGAUUUAAAAUUAAGUGUUAAUGGAAUAAAGAAAGUGACCAAAAAUGAAAAACAUACAUUUUCAGAGCAGCAAAGAUUGUUAGCUCUUGAGCGUAAGAAAAAAUCAGUUGAUAAGAACAAAGAUUUAGUUAAACAGGCACUAGAAAAUAUUGACUUUAGUUCAUCAUCGCGUAUUAAAUUCGGUAUUGAUGAAGAUGAAGAUGAAUUAAAAGAUACUAAAAAAGUAGUUAAUGAACAGAAAAUUGAUCUUUUUGGUUCUGAUGAAGAAAGCACUGAUGAAAGUGACAUGUUUAAACUGAAGCCUCAGUUUCAAGGUGAAAAAGGAGAAAAGUUAUUCAAACUGCAUCAAAAGUUUUCAACAGAUGAACGUUUUAAAUUGGAUGAGAGAUUUGCUGAAGACAAAGAUGUAUCCAAAGUAGAAACUUAUCAAUCUUCAGAAGAUGUUUCAGAUGAUGACCUCAAAAAAGAAAAAGAAGCAAAUUUAUCAGUUCUUGAGAAGCUUCUUGGCGUUUCCUUAGAAGAGAAAAAAAUUCAAAAUAACUUUAAGCUGGAUCGAUAUGAUCCUUCUGACAUAAAUAAAUCUAUGUAUGAAGUACUUACAGAUGAAGAAAAAAGUUCAUCUUCAGAAGAUGAGAAACAUAGUGAUACAAGUACUCAACCUGUCUGUCAACAACCUAUUGUUUCAAAAGAAACCUUUUACAAAGUUGAUGAGUCAUUAAAGGAUUUAUUUAAUGGAAAAACUAAGGCGACUCCGACAUUUUCAUUUCUAGGUUCUUCUGAAGACAAUGAAGACAAGGAUAAAGAUGUAACAGAUUUAUGUGUUAUAUCAGAAGCAAAGCAAUUGAAUUUUAAGAAAGCUUUUGAAAUGGAUGAAAAUGCAGAAGAUGAUGAAUUAGAACUCUUACCUCAGCAUAAAAACCUUUCUAACAAAAAUGAACGUUUCUUCUUUACAACCGAUGAUGAAAGAUUCAAAUUAGGAAAAUCUUUUGUUCGAUCGUCUUCAGUCGAAGAGGUUACUGAGCAAUGGAUGGGUAUUCGCUGUAAGUUACAUGAGACUUACAAAAAGAAUCACAAAGACGCACGUAGAAGAAAGUUUAAAAAUCAAAAAAGAAAUUAGUUUAUAAUAGAUAUAAUAAAUUUUUUUUAUAAUAAGCUGCAUUUGUACUUAUGUGUGUACUUUCUUAGCAUUUUUAA